GUGAUUGAGUCAUGCAGAAGACUGAAAGAUGGGCAGUAGAUCGAAGAACUUCCGUCGGCGAGCCGAAGACGACGAUGUCAAUGGAGAAGACGCCACAACCACCAGCGCUGCUACCAUCAAAGCCUCUUCUAAAGACACCCUUGCCAAGCCUAAGAAGCAUCAUCAACAAGCCCCAAAGCUCCUCAGCUUUGCCGAUGAAGAAGAUGAAUCCCAUUCUCGCGCAUUUUCUAAAGCUGCCUCCUCCGAUAGAGACAGGUCUGCUUCUCGUCUCAGCAAGUCAUCCACCUCAUCUCACAAGAUAACUUCCUUGAAAGAUCGUCCCUCCUCCGCUUCUCCUUCACUUCUUUCCAACGUUCAGCCUCAAGCUGGUGAAUACACCAAGGAGAAACUCCGAGAACUUCAGAAGAAUACACGUACCCUAGCCAGCUCCCGUCCUCCUUCCGAACCAAAACCUCCCUCUGAACCCGUGGUCGUCUUGAAAGGCCUUGUCAAGCCUAUCUCCACUGUUGAAGACAAGGAUAUCGCAGGGAACGAGGGGGAUGACGAAGAAGAAUUGGAACUUGGAGAAAAGCUUAAUGCUAGAAGAGGGAGUUCUAGUUCAUUUAAGAAGGAUAAGGAUGAGACUGAGCAUCGCCUGGCUUCAAUGGGUAUUGGGAAAGCUAGGGAUUCCUCUGGUUCUUUAAUUCCAGAUCAAGCUACCAUCAAUGCAAUUAGGGCUCAGAGGGAACGACUCCGGCAGUCCCGGGCAGCGGCCCCUGAUUUUAUUUCUUUAGAUGGAGGGAGUAACCAUGGGGCGGCUGAAGGUUUAAGUGAUGAAGAGCCUGAGUUUCAGGGUAGGAUUGCAAUGCUUGGUGACAGGACGGAUGGAGCGAAGGGUGUCUUUGAGACUCUUAAUGGAAGGUCGAUGGAGCAGACUGGUUUAGUGAAAGAUGGGGACUUUGAAGUUGAGGAUGAUGAAGAUGAGGAAGAGAAAAUUUGGGAAGAAGAGCAGUUCCGGAAGGGGCUGGGAAAGAGGGUGGAUGACGGUUCUUCUAGAGUGAGUACCAGCAUACCGGUGGUUCAUAGUCAUACUGCUCAGCAGCAACCUUUCGGCUACAAUGGGGCUACAUACCAGUCAUCCUUAACAACGCCAAUUGGUCCGAGCAUAGGAGGGGCUGUUGGAGUGUCCCGGAGCGCAGAGGUGAUGUCUAUUACUCAACAGGCUGAGGUUGCUAGCCAAGCUAUUCAAGAAAAUGUUAGGAGGCUCAAGGAAUCACAUGGAAGAAUCAUGUCAUCAAUGACUAUGACUGAUGAUAAUUUGGCUGCAUCAUUGUUGAAUAUCACUGCUCUUGAGAAGUCUCUAUCAGCUGCUGGUGAGAGGUUCCUCUUUAUGCAAAAGCUUCGUGACUUUGUUUCUGUUAUAUGUGAAUUUUUACAGGAUAAGGCUCCUUUCAUUGAGGAACUUGAAGAGCAAAUGCAGAAACUUCAUGAAGAACGUGCAUCUUCUAUCAUAGAACGAAGAGCAGCUGAUAACGCUGAUGAAAUGGUGGAAGUGCAAGCAGCUGUAAGUGCAGCAAUGGCCAUUUUAAGUAAAGGUGGUGACAGUGCAUCUGUGGUUGCUGCUGCCACUACUGCUUCUCAGGCUGCAUAUGCUGCAGCAAGAGAACAAUCAAAUCUGCCCGUUCAGCUGGACGAAUUUGGCAGAGAUACAAAUCUGCAGAAACGCAUGGAUAUGAUGAGGAGGGCUGAAGCGCGAAAACGCAAAAAAGCUCGUUCGGAAUCAAAGAGAAUGUCAUAUAUUGGAGAUGAUAGUGGCUAUCAGCAUAUAGAAGGAGAGUCGAGCACCGAUGAGAGUGAUAGUGAGAGUUCAGCAUACCAAUCUAACCGUGAUUUGUUGCUUCAAACUGCUGAACAAAUUUUUAGCGAUGCAUCUGAGGAAUAUUCCCAACUUUCUGUGGUUAAAGAAAGGUUUGAGAGAUGGAAAAAAUAUUAUUCAUCAAGCUACCGUGAUGCUUAUAUGUCACUAAGUGCACCUGCUAUCUUCUCACCAUAUGUUAGAGUAGAGCUACUAAAAUGGGAUCCACUUUAUGAAGAUGCAGAUUUCAAUGAUAUGCAAUGGCAUUCUCUACUAUUUAGUUAUGGGUUGCCAGAAGAUGAAAAUGACUUCAACCCUGAUGAUGCUGAUGCUAACCUCGUUCCUGGGUUAGUGGAAAAGAUUGCACUUCCAAUUUUACACCAUGAAAUUGCUCAUUGCUGGGAUAUGCUAAGUACCAGACGGACCAAAAAUGCAGUUGCUGCUACAAAUUUGGUUAUUAAUUAUGUCCCAGCUACCAGUGAGGCUCUUCGGGAGUUAUUAGCAGCCAUUCGUUCCCGUUUAUCUGAAGCUAUUACAAAUAUUAUUGUUCCAACAUGGACUGCAUCAGUGAUGAAGGCUGUCUCAAAUGCAGCACGAGUUGCAGCAUAUCGGUUUGGCAUGUCUGUUCGUCUGCUGAGAAAUAUUUGCUUGUGGAAAGAUAUCCUUGCAUCACCUGUUUUAGAGAACCUUGCUCUUGAUCAGUUACUGAAUGGAAAAAUUCUGCCUCAUGUGCAAAACAUCAAAGAAAAUAUUCAUGAUGCAGUUACGCGAACUGAGAGGAUCAUUGCAUCAUUAUCCGGCAGUUGGGCAGGUCCCAAUGUCACAGGAGAUCGAAGCUCUAAGUUGCAACCAUUGGUGGAUUAUGUGCUAACAAUGGGGAAGAUACUUGAGAAGAAGCAUGCUUCAGGUGUGAGUCAGAGUGAGACUAGUGGGCUUGCUCGUCGGUUAAAGAAAAUGCUGGUUGAACUCAAUGAAUAUGAUAAGGCCAGGGCUAUCUCUAGGACCUUCCAGCUCAGAGAGGCACUUUAGAGGUCCUUUGCUUUCGUUGGCAGAAUCAUGGGACCAUCCACUGUUUUCAUUGAUUGCUAAACCAGCUCCAUGGCUUUGUAAUAUGAUGAUGUUGCAUCAGUUAAAAAGAUCUUGUGGACAUUUUGGACCCCUAACCA